UUUUUUCCUUAAUGUAAACAAAACAGGUGUCUUAGUCACAGUAUAGCUUAAAUUAUAUACUGUGUACUGUUACUUACUUUUAAAAUCAUAACUUAAUAGAUUUUUUUUUAUGUUAUCAUACUUUCAUCAAAAAGUUUUCAAUUAUCAUCAGUAACAUUGAUAGUUUACACAUUGCAGCAGUUCCCACCCCCCAAUUGUCCUAAGAAGAGUGAAUAUGAGUGUAUUAUUCAGUGAUGUACCCUGGGGAAUAAAAGUUUUACAGAAAUUGACGGAUAAGUGCUGCCCACGAUUUCAUAUCAAUAGAGAAUUAUGUUAUCGAUCAAGUAUAGUGUUUUUAACAUAUAUUGCGUAUAUGUGCUAUCAUUUGUCAAGAAAACCCAUUUCAGUUGUGAAAGCAGUGUUACAUAGGAAUUGUAGCGAUCUCACUCCUGAAACCAAGGAUCCGAAUAAUUCGUGUGAUUGGGCCCCUUUCGAUGGUUCAGAUGCUAGUGCAUCUCAGAUGCUCGGGGAGUUGGACUCUUCCUUCUUAUUUUGCUAUGCUAUAGCUAUGUUUGUGUCUGGGUUCGUGGCAGAGAGAGUCAAUCUAAGGUACUUUUUGAGCUUGGGAAUGUUGAUGUCAGGAAUUUUCUGUUAUAUGUUCGGACUUGCCAAAACUUAUCAAAUACAUAGCUUAUGGUACUAUGUACUGGUUCAGGGCUUGGCAGGUAUCUUCCAAACAACAGGAUGGCCAGGUGUUGUUACUGUAAUGAGCAACUGGUUUGGCAAAAGUAAAAGAGGUCUAAUUUUUGGCAUUUGGAAUUCCCAUACAAGUAUAGGAAAUAUUUUAGGUUCUUUGAUUGCAGCACAAUAUGUUGAAACUGAUUGGGCACUCUCCUUCGUGAUGCCGGGUUUCUAUGUUGGUAUAGUAGGAUUUAUACUAUUUUCAUUUUUAGUAGUAAACCCAGCUGAUGUUGGCUGUGCAACUUCCAAUGCAGGACAUGAGGAUCGCACGAGACGAUACAGGCCUUUGGACAGUCAAAUGAUAAACGAAGACAACUCAUCAGGCAUCAGCUCAGACGUUGAUGACACCGACAUCAUUGUCGGAGAACAAGCUAUCAUUUCCCGAUCACGAUAUUUGGCUGAAGAAAAUUUAGAAGUUCAAAGGAGAGUGACAGAACGCACCACUUUGUUAUCUAAUUCAUCUUGUGGGACUCCUGAUAAAGCCAUUGGAUUUUUGAAAGCUUGUUGCAUUCCCGGGGUUUUGGAAUACUCAUUAGCUUUAUUUUUCUCCAAACUAGUCAGUUAUACAUUUUUAUAUUGGCUUCCGUUGUAUGUGAAUGCCUCGACAACAAUGGGCGCUACCCUCAGUGCAGAUAUGUCUACACUUUUUGACGUAGGUGGAAUAGCAGGAGCUAUCAUUGCUGGAGUAAUAACAGAUAAAAGUGACAUGCCUGCUUCAACAUGUGCUUUCAUGCUGAUUCUUGCAGCUCCUAUGAUGAUCAUUUAUGAAAGAGUAAGUUCGGUGAGCUUAGGUUUGAACAUGAUUCUUUUGGUGAUAGUUGGAUUACUGGUGAAUGGACCUUACGCCUUGAUUACAACUUCAGUGUCAGCUGAAUUAGGAACUCAUGAAAGUUUGGAAGGCAAUUCGAAAGCUCUCGCUACUGUGACGGCCAUCAUUGAUGGAACAGGAUCUAUUGGUGCAGCGGUAGGACCUCUACUGGCCGGAUUUGUUUCAAAUUAUGGAUGGAAAUACGUUUUUCUAAUGCUAAUGAUCUCGGAUGUCCUGGCACUUUUUCUCCUCAUACGACUAGUGAAGCAAGAAAUAUAUAAGUUCCGAAACGGUCGAAGAUCAGGAAUUCGAUUGGAAUGAAUAUAGUAAAUCUAAGUGAAUGUUAAUUUUAUGUAUAUUUUAGCAAUUGAUGUGAUAAACAGAGAUCAGUUUUGUUGGGUUUUUUGAAAUAUUUUUCAGAAGACGAGUUAUGAAUUUUAUGUAUUUUUAUUUCCCUGAGAUUAGUUGGAUAUUGAAACUAUUGUAAUUUUAUUUUCAGAAGGUACUAGUUCUCUUACUCAAACAGUUUUUUUACAAAUGUAAAAUAUAAACUUUGUAUUUUAGAAUUUCUAGUUUUCUACCUUGCAGGUAAUGAUUUUAUUAGUCAUAGACUAAGUCACUAUAAAUCACAAGAUUUUUUCAAUAGUAUUUUCAAUGAUCAACUAUACAGACUUUUUCUAGUUAUGGUAUAAGCUGAUGAGUAGUUCAUUUGGAAUUGUGACAAGUGACACCAAGUUUGAUCAAUUAAAAUAUGUGAGAAUCUGUCAUUUUCAAUAUUUUGCUAAGCAAAUGACUUUACUAAUAAUUGCUAAUUUAUAUUAGCUUUACCUGUAUGUAUGUAUGUUUGUUUGUAACUAUCAAGCUUGGGAUCUGUAUUUGACAGAAUUAUACAUUAUUACUUGAUCUAUUCGCGGGCAGAUGGCGCUGUACGUAAACUCCUGUCAUGGCAUGAACCAACUGAUAUGUCGACAUCCUCAGCAUCUUCUCUAAUAGCGAUUCGAUGAUUCUCCAUAACAAUUUUCUUUAAAUUCUCAACAUUUUCAUCGGUUCUUGAUGUGCUGGGGCUCCAAGGCGAGCGUCGUCAUUCACGUCUUCUCGACCAUUUGUGAAAAGCUUGUACAACUUGUAAACAUUUUUCUGAUUCAGAGUACAAUCACCGCAUUUCAAAUGUUCAGUUUCUUACACAAAAUCGAUGCAAAUUUUUCAGUCAAUAUUUUUCGAUAGCAGAAAAUCGCUGAACACGCAGAACACUUUCAACUUUAAUGCCUCUCACCAAGAAACGAAACAUGUUUUACAGCUGAACAUAUGUUCGAGUUGAGUGUAUGACAUAAAUAAAAAUCGCUAAUCGAAUGUACUAAGCCCGAGAACUUUGAACAUAUACCUUCUUUUUAACAGACCUUGUAUGCAUUUUGAUUGAUGGAACUUGGCGUAUGAGGGAUACAUGUUGAGAUUAUUUUCAGAAAUAAAAGGAACGAUGAU